CUCUGGCUGAGGCUGCCUCCUGUCCUUACAGUGCAGGAGCUGCUGGUUGGUUGGAGAGGUGGUGUUCGGCACUGGUGAAAGAAAGAGUUGACUUGGACUUUCGGGAGCUGUUGGACUCCGACAUUGAAUUUGUACUGAUAAACAGUCACAGGAGCCUGAUUUGGACUGUUUAAAAUUCCCCCAUUGAAAGUUUUGUUCUAGCCGUAUCAACAAGGACCCGACCAUGGAGCAGGGCGGGGAGGCCUGCUGUUCUGCUGAGGAGACCUUCACUGCUGACUAUAAGAUGAUGACGACCCUGGGCCAAGGACAGUUUUCAGAGGUCAAACUGGCCUUUCACGUGCCCACAGUAUCCUGUGUGGCGGUAAAAAUUCUUAGAAAUCAGAAGAAUUAUGCUUCGCUUAUCAACAGUGAAAUCAGCAUCAUGAAAUCCCUUGCCCAUCCCAACAUAAUUAAAUUGUUUCAUGUGGUCCAGACCAGAGAGACCACCUACCUGGUGAUGGAGCAUGCAUCAGAGGGAGACCUGCUCCAUCAUAUACUGAAACUAGGGGCCUUAGAGGAGAGCAAGGUUCGAAGGCUGUUUACCCAGAUAGUGCAUGCCCUGAAGUAUUGCCAUGAUAAAUUUAUCAUCCACAGAGACAUAAAGGCCAAUAACAUCCUCCUUGACCAUAGGGGUAAUGCGAAGCUGUGUGAUUUUGGCCUCUCUGCUAAGGUCAUCCCUGGGCAGAGGCUUUUUGGGUUUUGUGGCACUCUGAAUUACUGUGCUCCAGAACUCUUUGGAAAGGAGACAUACGAUGGCCGUGCUACUGAUAUUUGGAGUUUAGGCGUGCUCCUCUUCUUCAUGGUGACUGGGCACCUUCCCUUCAAAGCUUACUCUUCUGUGAGGGUGAUACAACAGAUCCUCACUGCAGACUUCAGGGUGCCUUCGCAUGUUUCCGUUGAUAUUCGAGAUCUCAUCCUCAAACUGCUGAUUAUAAACCCCUACAGGAGGCUCACCAUGGUCGAAAUCAUGAGGCACCCCAUGGUCAAGAGCAGUGAGGCCCAUUCACCGCCUACCUCCACCCAGUCUCUCCCAGGCACCCCGAGUAUUGUCAGGGCCAUGACAGUCAUGGGGUAUAAAUCCAAAGAAAUCAUUGAGUCUCUAAGAGACCAUAAAUACAACCAGGUGGUGGACAGUUACCUAAUUCUACAGCACCAGUCACCCAAGGGAGACUGCUACCAUCACCAGGAGAAAGCAGUGAGAGCCAUGCAGCCAGGCCUUGUCCUCAACCUGACAGAUCGUCACACUUUCCCUGUGUCCUUAGGGAGAGCUACCGAGCCUGCUCCCCCCACCUUCACCUUGCCAUCUAAGACCAAGGAGAGAGAUGAGAAGAAUGCCAGGCAGGGUGGCACAAGGCACAGCAUGCCUGCUGCCCUGUGCUGCCAGCCAAAGAGGACCCACCCUCCCCACCUACCUCACCUGGGCUGUCCUGUGGCUGAUUCCCUCAUGGGCAGCAACCUGGAAAUCACUGAGUAUUUCACACAGUCCGAGAUUGGGUCAUUCGGCAGCCACAUGGCCAGUGUCCAGCCACCUCUCUUUCUGGACACCUCCUCUCCUAGGCCACACCAGAGUGAGACUCCAGGUGACACAGACAACAACUUGUCCUCCUGCAGUCCACAGGAGGAACUCUGGAGCUCCCAGGAGGCAUCUCAGUAUUUCACCCCCACAGGCUCCUCCCCUUGGGAUACAUUGCAGGAAGAGACCAUGACCCGGGAUGAGGCCAUCACCCAUGAAGCCACCAAGACGCAGGAAAAUACCAUGAUCCAGGAAACGUCCAUGACCUAUGAAGCGACCAUGACCCAUGAUGUGGCCAUCAACCAGGAAGCAACUUUGACCCAGGAAACCACCAUGACCCAGGAGGCGACCAUCAUUCAGGAAGAGGCUAUCACUCUGGACAUGGCCAUGACCCAGGAAGCAGCCAUCACCCAUGGCCAGUCCCAGGAUGCAGGCCCAGCUUCUUCCCGAACCCGGAGGCGCCACAGCUGGAAGAGGAUCAAGGAAACAAUUAUGAACUGCCUCAGAAACCUCUGUUGCUGCUGCGUGCCUCCUGCAGAAGGAGGCCAUGCCUCCCGCAAGAACCUGGCUCCAAAGAAAAGGGAUCAUGGAGUCACCCCUAGAACCAGUCCUGAAGAGGUCAAGCCCCAGCUCCAUGGCUUGUGAGCCACAGGUUGGGGACCGGUCUGGCUGAGAAUCGGACAGCCCCACAGGGAGCCAGGCCAGAUGUCCAGGAGGCGGUGUGGACACAGACCCCUCCUGCAGAGGAAGAGUUGUCCACCUCAGCGCAGAUCUCUCCAGGCCAUCAUUUCCAUUGGGAACUGGAUUCCACACUCACCACCACGUGCCAUACCAUGAGGCAGUAUUACGUGUCAUGAUAUGGAUCAAACCAGAAACCCUUAUGAGGGGCCAGCAACGUGCUGCGGGCCCUGCCUCUUGCCAGCCCAAUUCUUCACUCAAACAGGCAUAUCUGUAAGGUCACUUGUUCUUAUACAGUGCCAAAAUGCCACAGCAUGAGACACAGAAAAGUCUGUGUGACUGAUGUGGAUGGUACAUCUGUCUAUGUGUCUCCCUAAUGUGACAUGAAAACAAUGGUCCUGGGAUGAUGCUCUUGCUAGGAUGGCUUCUGUGUCCAACAGCGUGUCUUGAUAGUGUUCCACCACUAGGAGAACACAUCUGUCUUAUCUGUUCUGUCCUUUGAGCACCACUGAACUCCUAGGACAGACAUUUUUGUGUGUGUGUAUGUGUGUGCUCAAUCUGAGAAGAAAAGAGAACUUUAUUCCACUCUGGGGUGAGAAGAGCAUCCCAGAACCCCAUGCUUCCCAACCCACUGACAACAACUCUGGGAAAGUGCAUUCCACUGGAUCCUUUGCUGGCCUCAGCCAUUGAAUCUGCUCAGAUAAAAAUGAGGAGGACUUCUCAGGUGACUCUGGCCAGUCUGGGAGGGAGAUCUGACUUCACAUUGUGAUCCCCCUAAGACAACUGUAUUGUUCACCUGCCCCCAUCCCCAGGAAUAUAAAGCCACUGUGCUGAAGAGGUCAAGCCCCAACUCCAUGGCUUGUGAGCCACGGGAUGGGGACCAUUCUAGCUGAGAAUCGGACAGCCCCACAGGGAGCCAGGACAGAUGUCCAGGAGGCAGAAUGGACAUAGGUCCCUCCUGUAGAGGAAGAGCUGUCCACCCCAGCACAGAGCUCUCCAGGUAGCAUCCUGCCAACUUUUUGCAAGAACCCCGAAAAGUCAUCACAGCAAGGUAUACUGCUUGAGUCCUCAGACCCAACUCAGAGCAAAGCUUGGGACAAUCUCUACUGAGGAGUGAAUCCAGGGCCGGCUGAGUCUUCUCUCUCCACCAAUUCUGGCCUCUAGUUACUCACCUGCUGCCUCUCCAUGCUUGCUCCUUCAAGGCCACCAUUCCCAUUGGGAACUGGAUUUCACACUCACCACCACAUGCCACACCAUGAGGCACUGAUAGGUGUCGUGAUAUGGAUGGAACCAGAAACCCUUAUGAGGGGGCAGCAACCUGCUGUGGGCCCUGCCUCUUGCCAGCCCAAGUCUGACUCAGAGGUUCAUAUCCCUAAGGUGGCUUGUUCUGAUACAGACAGUGCCAAUAUGCUACAGCAUGAGACACGGAAGAGUCUGUGUGACUGAUGUGGAUGGUACAUCGAUCCAUGUGUCUCCCUGAUGUGACAUGAAACAAUGGUCCUGGGACCAUAAUCAUGCUGUGCUGCCUUCUGUGUCCAACAGCGUGUCUUGAUAGUGUUCCAGCACGAGGAGAACACAUCUGUCACAUCUCUUCUGUCCUCUGAGCACCACUAAGUUCCCAGGACACACAUUUUAAUGUGCUCAAUCUGAAAAGAAAAGAGAACCUUAUUCCACUCUAGAUGACCUAGUCUUCUUACAGAGAGUCUUUUGGAGUGCCACAUACAUGAGCUGUAUCCAGAUACUGCUCUUCUUCUGAAGCUGGUGAGCUGUGAUCUGGGCAGGAGGGAGGGAAAGGAGGCUGUCCCAGUCCCAUGCCCUCUCAAGGACACUCAGCUCUGUGGGAAAGGAUGGAAGGCACCAGCCUCAAUCAGCCCAUGUCCGGACCUGUAGCUGAUGACACUAUGGGAUGGAGCCUCACCCCCCUACUUGAAGAAGUCGAACAACAGGACUAGUUCUCGAUGUGCCUUGCAUGCACACUGGUUCUUGGCUCUGGAUUCUUGUCCAGCAGAAAAUAAAACCAGAUAGAGCAUGCUGGGAAUCCCAGUAUUGGAGGGUGGAGACAAGAGGAUCAGGCUGUCAAGGUCAUCUUCCAACAUGGAGAGUUGGAGGUCAGUCUAGGAGGAAUGACACUAUUUUAAAAGCAAACAACCCCUACCCCAAAUCUUAAUGCCCAAAUCUAAGAAAACAGUGACAUGGCAGCCCAUAAUAACCACAUAUUCCGUGUGAAUCAGAAGAUCUUUCUGAUAGAGAGAAGAAAGUCCGCCAUUUAGAUGUGCAGUAAUUUUUUUCCCUGUGACUCACAUCUGGAAUUGGCCUGAGUGUUGAGUUCAUCCCUGUGCACACAGCACUGAAGAGUUCAACAAGUACUUCCUGCUGGCCCUGUGGGAGGCACUGGGGUGCUUUUAAAGGAACAAAAUACCCUUCAUAGCUCUGCUGACCAGGAGAUGGCCUUGAAGAAACUGCAGAGACACACACUGCUAUUCCUAUCUCUGUUGUUCAUAAGGCUAGACGACUGGGCAGCAAGUCAAGAGUGAAAUCGACACUCUGGGCAAGAUUCAGAAGCACAAGAGGACUGGGACAGUGACUGUCUAUUUUUACAUUACCUGCUUUCCUUGUGAGAUAGGAAUUCAUUCCCCAGAAUGCAAGAAAAAGAGUGAGCAGGCUUGCUGAAGCUUGUCACCCCAGCACUCGGAGAUGGAGACAGGUGCAUCUCCUUUUUUGUUUUGCUGUUGUGAUUCAUGUUUUGGGUUUUUCCCAAGAAUUUCUCUGUUUGGCCCGGGCUCUGUAGACCAGGCUGGCCUUGAACUCACAGAGAUCUGCCUUCUUCUGCCUCCCGAGUGCUGGAAUCAAAGGCAUGCUCCACCACCACCUCCAUUUGAUGAAGGUGCAUCAAUCUUGCUGGCCCUGAGAAAGCCUGUGUCCAAAACACAAUGUGUACAGCAUCUGUGAAUUGAUAUUUGAAGGGAAUACAUGUGCUAUAUACCUACAAGUUUGAGCAUACACGUGUAUGUAUUCAAGGACACACACAUACAAGCACACAAGUGUAAACAUAUAAUGUGUGAGUGAUCUGCACACACACUGAAGUAAAAAUAAUGAUAAAGAAGCACAAAGUUACUUGCAGAACCAGGUAGCUUUUUGGAAGACCUGACCUUCUGUGCAGGAGCAUCCUAGUUGGCAAGACCUAGGAGAAUGAGACAGGGUGAUGCUGCUGAGAACACUGGGGUGGUCCUCUCUGGAUGCUCUAUGGUUGACAGAGCCCAGCAAGCCAAGCUUUGGGGACUCUUAUUACUGCUGAGUAGAAUCCAGUUGGUGGGCUGACAAGGUGAUCCCAGCUUUGUUAGCACAGUGGGUCACCUGGAUGUCUCACCUCUCUGCAGCACGACAAGAGGCACCUCACAGAAGCUGAGGAGGAUGGCCCUGCACUCAGGAGCAAAGGCCACCUUGAUCAGUUCUACUGGCAUUAAUCCUCCCCACAAAUCAUUGCAAUAUGUUUUCUAUGUUGGAAAUAAAAUGGCAUUGUUAAAUGA